GGACCCUGGAGGAUCCAUCAUAGAGUGCGAAAUCUUCGGGAAGCACGGACCGGCUCAGGAACUUCCAAACCCGGUGGAGGGCGGGGGGGGGUUCUGAAAGGGACGCACGCGCGCAAGAACUCGCAGAAACCAUAGAGUCGAGGACCUCCUGGCGGUACAAACCGGCCUAGGAACAAGUCAUGCAUUUUCCUUUCUGUCCCACGGUGGCGCUGCAGCGAGUGAAGGGCACGUGACGACCACUGCCCGACAGGCGCGCGUUGUUUUGCCCAUAUGCGUCAAUCCGCGACGUAUGCGACGGAGGCGGAAAGGCCCAACAUCCGGGUCUUAGUUCCGCCAUGUUCUUUGCGCCCGGCGUCUCUGCGCGGGGGGUGGAGCCAGCGGCGGGAAGCGGAAGCGGAAGCGGAGUCCGGUCCUCCCUUGAUUACCGAUCGUGCUGUCACACGUGACUGAGCCGGGGGGCAGUGGACGCAGCAGCGGGUCGCGAGCGCUCUUCGCCGCGGUCAGGAUGUCGGGCAAGGACCGAAUCGAGAUUUUCCCCUCGCGGAUGGCUCAGACCAUCAUGAAGGCUCGUUUGAAAGGGGCCCAGACAGGUCGCAACCUCUUAAAGAAAAAAUCUGAUGCUCUGACUCUUCGAUUCCGACAGAUACUAAAGAAAAUCAUUGAGACUAAGAUGUUAAUGGGUGAGGUGAUGAGAGAAGCUGCAUUCUCACUUGCUGAGGCAAAAUUCACGGCUGGAGACUUCAGUACCACUGUGAUCCAGAAUGUGAACAAAGCUCAAGUCAAGAUCAGAGCUAAGAAAGACAACGUAGCAGGUGUAACCUUACCAGUGUUUGAACAUUACCAAGAAGGAGGUGACAGUUAUGAGUUGACUGGCUUAGCUAGAGGUGGAGAGCAGCUGGCAAAAUUGAAGAGGAACUAUGCCAAAGCAGUGGAGCUGCUUGUAGAACUGGCCUCGCUCCAGACUUCGUUUGUUACACUGGAUGAAGCCAUUAAGAUAACAAACCGGCGUGUGAAUGCUAUUGAACAUGUGAUUAUUCCCAGGAUUGAGCGCACACUGUCCUAUAUCAUCACGGAGCUGGAUGAGAGAGAGCGAGAGGAGUUCUACAGGUUAAAGAAGAUCCAGGAGAAGAAAAAAAUAUUGAAAGAAAAGAAUGAGAGAGAGCGGGCGUUACGGAAAGCUGCUGGGGGGGAACAUGAACCUGCCAAUCUCCUAGCAGAAGAGAAGGAUGAAGACCUCCUCUUUGAGUAGCUCUGUCGGACAGGGAGACCUAGACGGCAGCAUGUUAACUUAUGUAAUUCUGGACAUUUAUGUGGCUCUUCAUUUGGUAUAUUAGCCUGUGAGCUCCAUUGAUUGUGGUUUUUCCCAAGAUGAGAACUCUGGGGGCUUUUUUUGGUGGGGUGUAGAAGCAGAAAAAAGAGACUAGCAGGAAGUCUGGUCUCUAGUGUAAGGGAGAGGUUCUUGCUACUGCCAAUCUACCACCACCUGUUUGCUUCUUAAUGGCUACUGAAUCUCUACUGCUCUUGAUUAAGGAUGUAUUUAUAGCAAUCAUACCCUCCUUUCCUGUCCUUCCUACCUUUAAAACAGUGGAAAACACUCCUUAUAAGGGAGGGAAAAAACCCUAUGUGCAUGUUAACAGGUGAAAGUAGGUGUUGCUAUAAUUAACUUGCAAAGUAUUAAUGAUUAUUCAGGCUAAACUUAUUGGUGGAAGACAUCUUCCAUUUUGUGUAACUGUGGGAGAAAAUUCACGUGUCUAUGCUGUAGGAUAGUAAAAGAAUUUUAAAUGUUACUGUCUGGUGUCUACCCUAAGGUUUUGCUAAGUAGGAGACAAAGUUGCUACUUUCAUGACCCUGGAAACUGGCAUAGCAGGCUCAGUAACAGUGCAAGCUUUUCCCUUGCUUUGUAGCAACUGUACCUUAUUCCUGAACCAGAGGGGACCACUGGACCCUUUGUGUCUCUCCUGAGGUGAUUAUGAAGGGGGAUGAGUGCUAUGGAUCACAUUCUAGUGUAACCUUGACUGAAAUGGCAAAGCCAUUUUCUACAGGCCACUGAGCAGCUUUAUAUAGGACUUUAAAAUCCCUGUUGUGUUAAGUGUAGAUAGACAAGGCUAUUCUUCUUCUCAGGGGUUAAACACAGCAGUACAAUACAUGCACAGAGGCAACAUUAUUUAUGGCAUGUCUGAGUUUGAAGACUGAGUACAUUCCUGCUCCCAUGUGUGGUACAGGCUUACAGCUAGAGCUGUGAUGGGGGUGGUGAGGCUGCUGCUAGGCUUCCCAUUCCCACUUGACUGAGCUCAGCCUAAUUUGUAGUCUUCUCUAUCAACUACAUGCAUGCCCCUAAGCUGUGUCCACACUGUUAAGAUACUUAUGGUAUUUAUUUU